AUGGCCGGCUCCGAGCAGCGCGUCGUCGCCGUCAUCAUGGUCGGCGGCCCCACCAAAGGGACGCGGUUCCGGCCGCUGUCGCUGAACGUGCCCAAGCCGCUCUUUCCUAUCGCCGGCCAGCCCAUGGUGCACCACCCCAUCUUCGCCUGCAGUCGGAUCCCCAACCUGGUACAGAUAUACCUCAUCGGGUUCUAUGAGGAGCGGGAAUUCGCGCUCUAUGUCUCGUCUAUCUCCAACGAGCUUAGGAUCCCUGUCAGGUACCUGCGAGAGGAUAAGCCUCACGGGUCAGCUGGAGGGCUCUACAGCUUUAGAGAUUACAUCAUGGAAGACAGUCCGUCACACAUAGUUCUGCUGAACUGCGAUGUCUGUUCUAGCUUCCCCCUUCCAGACAUGCUGGAGGCCCAUAAAAAGUAUGGAGGAAUGGGUACUUUACUAGUCAACAAGGUAUCUGCAGAGUCAGCAAACCAGUUUGGCGAGUUGGUAGCUGAUCCUGAAACAAACGAACUGCUACACUAUACGGAAAAGCCAGAGACUUUUGUGAGUGAUCUCAUAAAUUGUGGAGUAUAUAUAUUUACUCCCAAUAUCUUUAGCGCCAUUGAGGAUGUCUUAAAACAGAAAAAAGACAGAGCAAAUUUGCGGCGUGUAUCUAGCUUUGAAGCUCUUCAUUCAGCAACCAAGGCGCUUCCACCAGACUUUGUUAGGUUAGAUCAAGACAUUUUAUCCCCUCGAGCGGGAAAGAAGGAGCUGUACACAUACCAGACGCUUGAUUUUUGGGAACAGAUCAAAACCCCAGGGAUGUCUUUGAGAUGCUCUGGGUUAUAUCUUUCUCAGUUCCGCCGUACCUCUCCUCAUCUUUUAGCCUCAGGAGAUGGCAAAAGAACUGCCACUAUUGUUGGCGAUGUGUAUAUCCAUCCAUCUGCCAAGGUGCAUCCUACUUCAAAGAUUGGCCCCAAUGUCUCUAUAUCAGCAAAUGCGCGCAUUGGAGCAGGUGCCAGGCUUAUCAAUUGCAUAAUUCUGGAUGAUGUUGAAAUUAUGGAAAAUGCUGUUGUUAUACAUUCAAUUGUGGGGUGGAAGUCAUCCAUUGGAAAAUGGUCACGUGUACAGGGCGAAGGUGAUCACAAUGCCAAACUUGGCAUUACUAUUCUUGGUGAAGCAGUUGAUGUUGAAGAUGAAGUAGUUGUAGUUAACAGCAUCGUGCUCCCAAAUAAAACUCUCAAUGUCAGUGUCCAAGAGGAGAUCAUCCUAUAA